UUCAGCUCCUCACCCUCAGCGUCGCCACCUGCGCACGGGGAGUGAGCACCGGCACCGAGUGUCUAUCCAGAUUUACAUUUUGAUAUCUCUAAAUUGGUCAUGUGGUAGAUGCUGCAUAUUAGUCGUGAAGCAGACUAGGUGGCUUAUUUUUUGAAGGUGUGAAGCGUAGCUUGGGACGUUGAAUCAAUUUUGCUCACUUACCGGUUCUUUUUUACUGUUUCACCCAUUCGACCGAUCGCUGACAGACGACACUAUUGGAGCACCGGGAUACGUUUAGAGCACCUUCACUGAAGCGCUGCGUUCCGAUCUUACAUUCCUACGGAUUUUUUAAUUAUACUAUUUUCAGGAUUUCAUACAGAGGGACCCUUGCUGAUUUGCCAGGACGCCGUCAGACUCCUCUCUAAAGGUCAAGGAUGGCGGUGGCUGUGUGUGUAGCUGGUCUGCAGGCUGUCCUGUCUCUGCUGCUGCUUGAUCACCGGCAGGGUUCCUGUAUGUCAGUGCUACACUCCAUGAAGCUUAUCAACAGUAUGAGCGAGGCAUCCUCCAUAGUGAGCAUGCGUAGAGUCACCCACCCUACCAUACGAGAGCCUCUGGCUGGCAUCGCCAACCUCCCCUGCGUCUUCACUCUCCAGCCCAGUGAGCUCAGCCCUUCCAGCCAGCCUCCCCACAUCCAGUGGACCCGAACCUGGAUACCGCAGGGUGGAGAGGGGGGUCCACUGGAGCAGAUGGUUCUCUCAGCGAAGGGUGAUAUGGUGAAGGUGAAUAAGGCUUUCGCUGGCCAGGUCAGGUUGCUUGGAUAUGCUGCUAACAACCUAAAUGGUACCAUGGAGAUCUCAGGCCUCCGUAGCAACGACACAGGCACCUACCAUUGUCAGAUUGUGGUUGCAGAUGACUACGAGCGAGACAUAGUGCCCCUUGUGGUCACAGGUGUGGUAUUCCAUUACUGGUCUCCUAGCGACCGUUACGCCCUCUCAUUUGAUGACGCUAAAUGGGCCUGUCAGGAGAACUCCGCCCUCAUCGCCACGCCCAACCAGCUGUGGGCAGCAUUCCAUGACGGUUACUCCAACUGUGCUGCCGGAUGGCUCUCUGACCAGACUGUCCGCUAUCCUAUCCAGUCACCAGAGCUUGGUUGCUAUGGACACCAGGAAUACUCAUCUGGUGUGAGGAAUUAUGGGAAAAGAGAUGCUAAUGAGCUGUUCGAUGUCUACUGUUUCAGCAGGGAACUGGAGGGUGAGGUAUUUCAUUCCUGGGUUCCUGGGCGUCUGUCUCUGUCCUCUGCCUCAGAACGCUGCGUCUCCCUGGGGGGACAAUUAGCCACGGUGGGACAGCUCUACCUGGCCUGGAGGACAGGGCUGGACGUCUGUGCUCCAGGCUGGCUCUCUGACGGCAGUGUCCGCUACCCUAUCACCCAGCCCAGGCAGGGCUGUGGAGGGGACCAGCCAGGGGUCCGGACCGUUGUACCCAACACCAAUGGAACCAGAACCAGCAGCGGAUCAGCCAAUGCUACGGACGCCAUACCACUCUAUGACGCCUAUUGCUACAGAGGGAACGUGAAGAAGCCAGGACCCAUCUCUAGGAUCUACACGUCUUUGUGGAAGCCUUGGAGCCAGCUGACCGGCUCCAGCCACUCAGACAACCUGGGAACAGACAGUCCUGCCCUGGCUACUGAGACCACCAGCGGCACACCGACCACCGUCACAGAGAGCCGUAACCUUUCACCAUCUGAUGACCUCACACCCUCAAACUGGACCGGAUUGGUUGAUCUGGAGAAAGAGGCCCACUCUUCCACAGAUCCCUGGUCCUCAGAGUCCUCUGAGGGGUAUGUCACCCUGCAGUUGAGCCCAGGAGAGAGCUCUCUAGCCUGGGGAGACCUGGGAGACAUGGACCCUGACUCUGGAGCUUUCCUCAGACCUCCAGCCACACCCAGCCCCAGCCCAAGUACUACCACUCAGGAAGAACUAUCACCCUCGACCCCAGCUGACAGAAAGGUGAUGGCCAAGAUAGUGAAGUCCAUGUGGAAGCCGUGGAACUACCUGGCAGAAGGUACCCCAGGAACAGGCAGUCCAGAGGGGGAGAGAAAGGGAAAUGCAGCAGGGACUCUGACAGACAGUGUGGCUGUACCCACCGGCUCUCCUGCUCCAGGUUUAUCCUCAUGGGGUGGUGGGUGGUGGGAUGGCUCAGGACUGGGGGACCUAGAUGAUUCACCACCCACUGGUGAGCCGUCGUCCUCCCCUGGUGUGCCGUCGUCCUCCCCUGGUGAGCCGUCAUCCUCCACUGGUGAGCCAUCGUCCUACGCUGAUGAGCCGUUGUCCUCCGCUGGUGAGCCGUUGUCCUCCACUGGUGAGCCAUCGUCCUCCCCUGGUGAGCCGUCGUCCUCCCCUGGUGUGCCUUCGUCCUCCCCUGGUGUGCCGUCGUCCUCCCCUGGUGUGCCGUCGUCCUCCCCUGGUGAGCCGUCGUCCUCCCCUGGUGUGCCGUCGUCCUCCCCUGGUGAGCCGUCGUCCUCCCCUGGUGUGCCCUCGUCCUCCCCUGGUGAGCCGUCGUCCUCCCCUGGUGAGCCGUCGUCCUCCCCUGGUGAGCCGUCGUCCUCCCCUGGUGUGCCGUCGUCCUCCCCUGGUGAGCCAUCAGCCUCCCCAGCCCUGCUCACCUCUACCCCGGCCACAGAGAACCAGUCCUCUGCCUCCACCUCCACCACUGGAGGGUGGGAGGCUAUCCCAGACACAUGGGUCCAAGUGACCCCAUCAACGGGUGUGACCUCACCCCAGCCAGGUUAUAGGACAAAGGAAGAGGUUACCACUAGUACCACUAGAGCAGAUAGCAUAGCCACCGCUGGGAGCGGGAGAGCGAUGGUGAAAGAAGAGGAAGGGAGUGCCCUGGGGGCAUCCGACGAGGCCAGAGGGGAGAUCCAGUUUACCGGUAUCCCCGUUGGAACAACCAAACCCAAACUCAGGGUCCCUCCAUCCAACAACAGAACCACGAGGAAGAACCAGUCACGAGCCAGUGUCAGCACAACCCAACCCGCAGUCAGCAGCUCCACAGCUGGGUCAGACAGCAGAGACUCUUCCCCUCCAUUCAGACCAGGUGCUGGAGCUCCAGCCCCUCCACCCUCAGCCUCAGUCAGCCAGGGCAGCUCCAUGGUGGCAUCUCCGUCCAUAUCCUGGGUCCCCACGGAGAGAGCUGAAGAGUGGGGUGGCGAGGGGCUGGAGAGAGAGCCCCUGGAGGUGCCCUCCGAACCACCAGUGGAGGAGGAGACAGCCUUGUCUCACUCACUCGGCUCUGGGUUGCCUAGCAACAUGGACGAGGAAGGUGGCAGAGGUGCCGGAUUCAACCAAAGCAACGGAACUCUGGACUCCGCUGGUGAGGAGGAGCCCUGUGUAACCAACCCGUGUGUACAUGAAGGGAAGUGUCUACCUCAGGGCAAGGGCUACAGCUGUUACUGCCCACAGGGCUUCACAGGGGAGAACUGUGAGAUCGACGUGGAUGACUGCCAGUCCAACCCGUGUCUCAACGGAGGCACCUGCAUCGACAAGAUCGACUCGUUCAUCUGUCUCUGUCUGCCCAGCUACGCAGGAGACACCUGUGAGAAGGAUGUUGAGGGUUGUGAGCAUGGAUGGAGGAAGUUCCAUGGCCACUGCUACAGGUACUUCUCUCACAGACACACCUGGGAGGAUGCAGAGAAGGACUGCAGAGAGCAGAGCGCCCACCUCAGCAGUAUCACCUCGGUCACCGAGCAGGAGUUCAUCAAUGGGCUGGGCCAUGAUAACGCCUGGAUCGGCCUGAAUGAUCGCACAGUGGAGGAGGACUUCCAGUGGACUGACGCCAUUGACCUGGUGUAUGAAAACUGGAGGGAGAGCCAGCCUGAUAACUUCUUUGCGGGCGGAGAGGACUGUGUGGUGACCAUCGCUCAUGAGGAGGGCAAGUGGAAUGACGUGCCCUGCAACUAUAACCUGCCCUACAUCUGCAAAAAAGGCACAGUGCUGUGUGGAACCCCGCCCGCUGUGGAGAAUGCCCAUCUGAUUGGCCGUCGGCGGUCCCAUUAUGACAUCCAUGCGGUGGUGCGUUAUCAGUGUGCCGAAGGUUUCUACCAGCGCCACAUCCCCACCGCGCGUUGCCGGGCCGAUGGCACCUGGGACCGGCCCAAGAUCAUCUGCACAAAGUCUCGGCGAUCCCACCGGUACCGCCGAAACCACCGCCACAGCCAACGCCGGGAGCGGAGGAACCACAGGAGAUACGGAGGAGAGGCACACAUGGAGAGGGGAGAGGACACACACAGCCAAUACUGAACCAAAUACUACACCUCCCACAAUGCUCUGCGCCUGACCGUUGACCUAUCCUGGGGCUGAGGGGAUCAACCCCUCGAAAUGGACAGUAGUUGACAUCUGAACGUUCUCUUUUCCUGACCUAUUUCAGUCUCUCUCUUUGGAUUGAAAUCUCACUUGAGAUACUGUAUGUGUGCAAAACUUUAACUUUCAUGCAAAUGACCGAUUGACAUCAGUGCAAAAAAGGUUCUGUGUUACGCACCCAUAUUUCAUGUUUGGAUUUGUCCUUUUUUUUGUUGAUUUUGUUUAACCCAUGUCCAUUACUUACAACAGUAAUAGUCUCUCUCUCUCUCGCUAACACGGUCGCUAAUACUGUAACUUAGAAACAGCAAAUCCUUGGCAUGUCUAUGAAUAACCUAUUCUCACUGUCGAAACAUAAAUACAGUGAUGUGAUAAAUACUGUGUGUGUGUGUGUGUGUGUCUGUUCAUGCGUGUGUAUGUGUGUGAGAGAAAGUGUGUAUCCUAUGCGAGUGUGUUUUUAUAAGUUUGAAGCUUGUUCUACAUCUCAGAACAUCCUAAUGUUUGUGUUCUGUUUAUAAAGCACAGAUUUAAUUAACAAGUUAGCUAGUUAGCUUUCAGUUCCAAUUAACCCAGAGCUUUUGUCUGUAUCCUGUACUUGUUAUUGUUCCCUUAGGGCUCCUGAAUAGUAGGACUGUUUUAUUAUUCAACUUAUGUGCCAUUUUUUAAUAUUUGCUAACUUUUCAUGUCAUGUCACUAUUUAUUAUGGACUAGUUAAUAUAUGUUGAUUUUUUUUGUUUACAUAAUCCAACAAGGCAAUGUAAUACCUGUUUUCUUUAAUGUACCAUUCUCUUACAAUCAAAAUGUGUUAACCAAAAAACAAGUUAACCCUUUGAUUGCCUGUACUGUACUGUAAAUACUGUGGUUUUUGUUUGUUUGUUAUUGACUGACACCUGAUUGAUACCUGACCCGUGUCCAGCCAUGUGUUUCCCAUCGGCAUCUCAACUAAUAUUCUAAAACAGCCCCAUCGAUCUAAAUGGAAUAAAAUAGGAUAGAUUGAAGUACUACGGACUGAGACAAAACAUUCCCAAGAUAUCUACUCGAUCGCCAAUAGACCCAGUCUUUGCACGAAUCCAAUAUGUGAUGGGUGGGAUGCCAUGAAUCUGGUCCUUGAUUGGUCAUCACCCCUUUUUUGGUGUUGUUAUGAUGUCCUGUCCAGCUGUUGUGUUCCAUUCUUAAUAAAGCUAAAAAAAAAUAAAAAAAUGAAUGACA